UCUCUUCAAUUAUUAUAUCUUUUUACGCCAGCCAUAUGCGCACCUUCUUGUCUACAAAUCCCUCACAACCUUCUCAAAGAUACAUUGCGUCCUCAAUUUUGCUCUACUUUUCUAACCCAAACUAAGCAUUCUGCUCUCUGUCUUGAGCAACACUGAAAGAAAAUAUGGCUGCAGAGUUUCUUACUUUUGGUGCUGAGGGAAUUCUGACGAGGGUGGCUUCACUUGCAGAGCAAGAACUCAGUCUUCUCUGGGGAUUCAAAGGAGAGCUAACAACUCUACGAGACUCAUUAUUCAAGUUGGAAGCUAUGCUCAGAGAUGCACAACAUUUACAAGUUCGGGGUGAGAGGGUGGAGAUGUGGGUGAAGGAUCUGGAAGGCAUAGCUCAUGAAGCAGAUGAUGUGUUGGAUGAAUAUGAAUAUGAACUUCUCCGGCGGAAAGUGGAGAUCCAAAAUCAGAUCAAGAACAAGGUGCUCAACUUCUUUUCACGCCACAAUCCCAUUGCAUUUCGUCGCAAAAUGGCACAUAAAAUUAAAAACAUCAAUGCAUCUUUGGCAAACCUGAAGAAUGAGGCAGCUAGUAUUGGACUGGUUGAUAGGUCAACACUGGUCAAUGCAACAUCUCAUGAUAUUGGAGGACUUGACAGGGAAACCGUCUCAAACUUUGAUCAAGAUGAAAAGUACAUUGUUGGAAGGAAGGAGGUUGCGUCGGACAUAGUUACAACCCUGAUCAACUCUGGCAAGAACCAAGACAAUUGUCUUUCUGUUAUGGCCAUUGUGGCGAUGGGAGGCUUGGGCAAGACAACUUUGGCUAAAUCUGUAUAUAAUGAUCCUGAGAUAGGUAGACACUUCGAUCAAAAAAUAUGGGUAUGUGUAUCUACUCCUUUUGAAGUCAAAAAGAUUUUAAGCGAGAUCUUGGAAUGUCUUAAACCAGAGAAAGCUGGGAUAAAGGGUAAAGCAACAAUAUGUGAAAACCUGCAAGAAGAUUUGAAAGGGAAGACAUAUCUUCUCGUGCUUGACGAUGUUUGGAACGACGAUCGUAGCAAAUGGGACGAUUUGAUGAGUUGCUUGUUGAAUGCUACAAGCACUAAAGCAAGCAAAAUCCUUGUCACUACUCGCAAUGUGAGUGUUUCAUCAAUUGUACAAACACUUCCUACAUGUGUUCUGGGAAAAUUAUCGGAGGAUCAAUGCUGGUGCAUAUUGAAGUAUAAAGCGUUUCUAGAUGCGAGUGUUGUUUUGACUGAAGAUCAAGAGAGAAUCGGAAGGGAGAUUGCCAAAAAGUGUGCAGGUGUACCAUUAGUGGCAAAGGUUUUGGGAAAUAUGAUGCGUUCUCAAGAUAUUGAUGGAUGUCGGUCAAUUCUAGAAAGUAGAAUAUGGGAUUUACCAGAAGGAGAAGAAAGAAUCUUGUCGGUUUUGAAGUUGAGUUUUGAUAAAUUGAAAUCACCAUAUUUGAAACAAUGUUUUGCAUAUUGCUCAAUGUUUGUCAAAGAUUUCGAAAUUGAAAAGGAUGACUUGAUCCAACUUUGGAUGGCUCAAGGAUUGCUUUACCCUUCUCCUCCCAACAGACGUAAUCUAGAGAUGGAGGAUAUAGGAAAUGAAUAUUUUAAUAUUCUAUUGAACAACUCUUUCUUUCAAGACGUUGAAAAGGAUUGGUAUGGUAAUAUUACAAGUUGCAAAAUGCACGACCUUGUGCAUGAUCUCGCAGAACUUGUGUCAAAAACGAAGAGUAAUGACUCCAAUGAGACUCGACAUAUGGCACAUAUUCCUACCUCAGUGCUACAUGGAGUUCCAGAAAGAGGUGCUCAUAAAUUGCGCUCACUUUUCUUGAAUGUUGAAGUUCUUGGUGAUAUCUUACCAAACUUUAGAGGUUUGCGUGUCUUAAAUUUAUAUCAAACUUAUAUGAAGGAGUUGCCAAUUGCAAUUGGAAAGUUGAAACACUUGAGGUAUCUGGAUGUUUCCUAUACAAAGAUCAAAGCACUCCCCAAAUCCAUUGGAAAGCUUUAUAAUCUACAAACAUUAAGAAUGAAAGAGGUCGAGCUUGAAGAGUUUCCAAAAGAACUGCAAAAUUUGAUAAACUUGAGACAUAUUUAUUUUUAUCCGUAUGGUAUGAAAUUUCCAGCAAGGAUAGGGCGAUUGACUAAUCUCCGAACAUUAAAAUAUUUCAUCGUGGGUAAGGAGACAGGUCGUGGAAUAGAGGAGCUGGCUGGCUUAAACUUGUUAAAAGGCAGAUUAACUAUCUAUAAUCUAGAGCACGUGAGAGAUGGAGAAGAAGCCAAGAAAGCAAAAUUAGUGAAGAAGACAAACAUAAGCAAGUUAAAGUUUCAGUGGGCAGAGGAUAGGUCAAGCAUCACCAAUGAUGAAGAGGUACUAGAAGGCCUUCAACCACACCCUAGUAAACUGGAAUUUUUACAAUUUUUCAACUUCAUGGGUGAUAAAUGUCCAUCAUGGAUCAUGAGUAGUUCGUUUCCUGUAUUGAAAAGGUUAAAGAUUUACAAUGCUAGGAACCUAACUGAAUGGCCAGAAAGUGGGAUCGUGGUCUUUCCUUGUCUCGAGGAGCUGGUUUUGAGGAAUUGUGAUAAAUUGAGAAGUGCUCCUAGCCAUUUCCCAUCUCUCAAGACGUUGGAGAUAGAUUCCAUGGGUAGCGGCAUGCCAAUAGCAAACAUAAGCAAUAAGCUGACCACUCUUACUUCGCUCGCAAUAAGGAACAUAAGCGGACUUGUUUCUCUGCCAGAAGGGAUGCUUAAAAACAACAAGAAUCUUGCAUACUUGGAGAUAAAAGAUUGUCAGGAGCUAACUUGUAUUGCUCUUGAUGUAGUUGGCUCUUGCGCACUUCUUGAGUCAGUGCGUAUUUCCAAGUGUCCUAUUCUUGCUUAUUUUCCUGAUGGGCUACUCACAACAUCUCUUAAGAACCUGAUUGUGGAAGAUUGCGGUAGUCUAGAGUUGAUUCCAGUUACACAGCCCCUCUCAUCCCUCUGUGAAUUAAAGAUUACAGGCUGUCAGGAGUUGUCAAGUCUACCGAGUGGGUUAGAUUAUUAUACCUCUCUUCAGGAGUUGGCAAUAUCAAAUUGUGAUAUGCUAACAUCCGCUUUGAUUCACAGCCUCCCAUCCCUCCGGAAGUUGUCUAUAUUUCGUUGCAACAGGAGACCAAAGUUUGUUCCAAGUUUACUCGGCUUCACAUGCCUUCGUGAAUUGAGAAUUAAAGAUUCCCAUGGAUUGACAAGUCUGCCAAUAGGGCUAGAAUCAUGUUCUUCUCUUGAGGUGUUGAUAAUAAGCAAGUUGCCGAAUGUAGAAUCUAUUACAAGUUUAGACAACCUCACAAACCUCCAUGAAUUGGGGAUAUUUUCUUGCGAUGGAUUGAAAAGUCUACCCAAUGGGUUAGCAAUAACAUCCUGCCUCACCCACUUGAAGACAUUGGAAAUCGGUGGCUUUUGGAAGGAGCUUGAUUCAUUCCCUGCUUUUCAGGUUACAUCACAACUUGAAACAUUGAAGUUAUGGGGUUGGCCUAAGCUCAAGUCUCUGCCCGAGCAAAUUCAACACUUGACUUCUCUAACAUGUCUUGAAGUGCAAUGCUUUGACGGAAUGGAGGCUCUUCCAGAGUGGUUGAGAAACCUUACAUCUCUUGAGUACCUGUAUAUACAUCUUUGCAAGAAUAUGAUGUAUCUACCUACACUAGAAGCUAUGCAAUGUCUCACCAAAUUAAAACGCAUAUUCAUUUUGGAUUGUCCCCUUCUAAAAGAGAGAUGCAACAAGGAGAGCGGCUCAGAGUGGCCCAAGAUUUCUCAUAUUCCACAAAUAUAUGUUGACUGGGUACGGUGGCAGCUGCCAAAUUCAAUAUAGUCUGAGAAAGUAUCAUCUUGAAAUGAGAAAUAGUUGAAAGUGGGCGAAUUGUGGUCGAGAAAAUGAUUAAACUCAAUUGCGUUUUUCCUUGAGACUGGUGUUGGUGUGGAGAGUUGAUUGAAGCUAUAUAUGCUACACAUCAUCACCAUUGAAGAAAAGGUGUCCAUUCCCUACAGCCUACAGCCUACAGCCUACAGCCUACAGGGUCUGUUGUUAUUUGGGCAUAAUUUGGAGGUGGGUGGCUUUGCCUUACCUGAAGGAACAUUUUUUGUAAUGGGAGCAAACAGAGUCCAGGUAUUCAAAAGCACUCCAAUUUCUACAGGUAAUAAAUUCCACUAUGUAUAUUUAAAUCUUAAGAAAAACAAGUGCACAAAUUUGUUUCCUUUUUAGGUCUGCAAUUAUAGACCAACUUUUACGUAUGUGAAAUUCAGGCCCGAUCAAAGAGACAAAUCAUUGGUUCACUAUGAUUAACAACAAUUUUUAAGGACCUACAAAGCUUAGCAGAUAUUCCAGUGACUGAUGGGGGUAAAUCCAACACAAGCCACCAACUCAAAUGAUCACAAAAUCAAGACAGAAGUCACAGGCUGCUCAAAUUUUGUGUGCCGAUCCGAAGCGAUUGUAGUUGGAAUAUUUUGGUAAUAUCCUUCUAUUGAUGUCCAGAGAAAACUAUAAAUUUAUUCAAAUUUUAGCAUGGGUGUCCAAAGAUGGAUUUUGGGUGCAAGCGUGAGCUCACCAACAUUUGAAGCACGAAGCCCAACAGCCCAAGAACCAGCAACUAAGUCCAACUUAGCCUAUUGCUCCACUCUACCCCAACACCCCACUUUCUCUUUCCUUUUUUUUUUUUUAUAAUUUUUUUUAACUGUUGUAAAAGUGGAGUCCCCAAAAUGCCCCCAAAAUGCCUAUAAAUAAGGCUCCCUCCCAUACUUGUAAAUACACAAUGAGAUUGAGAAAACACACAGAAAUAAUGUGAAGAACAAACUCUCAAUGAAUGAGAAAUCAGUUUUCUCCAAUUUCUCUCUAUCCCAAUUCUCUCUCCAUUUUCUUACUAGAUUUAUAACACAUUAUCAGCAUGAUUUCUCUAUCUCUAAAUUCAGAGACCCAACCCAUCUCACCUUCCUCUGCUCUCUCAUCCACACCGCAGCAGAGCUUUUCUUGAAAACCCAGAAACAACAUAAAUCCUGUCCGUACAGCAACCGAGCCAUCUAUGGGACACGGUGCUCCAGCUCACCAAGUCCGCUUAGGACAAGAACAGCGACCCGCUCCUCUGGGCGGUUCAGCACAGCAACAGCCUCAACUCGGCCGGCGUGGCCUUGCCCUCCGUCGAGCUCGCGCACCUCCUCGUCUCUCACAUCUGCUGGGCCAAUCACGUGCCCAUCACAUGGAAGUUCCUCGAGAAGGCCUUGACCGUCAAGAUCGUAUUGUGAACCAGCAAAAGAAAAUCUUGAGAACCCAGUAAAGUGCGAUGGGGGAGCUGGCAAGUCAGAAACAUGUUCAGUUCAUUGUAUUAGUCGAAAAGAAGAAGGAUUCUUUUGAGUCCGUGGUGAUGGAGCAUAUAAGAAUGAAUGGGGCAUAUUGGGGUUUGACUGCUCUUGAUCUUCUUGGGAAGCUGCACGUCAAGAUGACUCAGGUGGGUUUGGUGGUAACAUUGGGCAUGACCCACAUGUACUAUAUACCUUAAGUGCUGUGCAGGUUUUGGCCUUGUUCGACAAGCUUGAUGUUCUGGAUAUUGAAAAGGUUGCGAGUUAUACCACACACCAGCCUUCACAUGUUUUGGAUCAGCGGAUGAUGAUGAGGUUUUCUCCAGUCGGCAAGGACAGAGAAUAAAACAGUGUAAAUGCAGAGGCAACUUUGACAGACCCCUGAUGACGGCCACAAUGAUGAGCAGCACCCACCGAUAAAGAAAAGCAAACCCACCGAAAAAAAAAAAAAAUGCUAAAGUGCUGAAGCAUCUUUCAAUAAGAAAAGCAAACCCACCGAAAGAAAGAAUAAUAAAUAAAUAUAUUUUUAAAAUUAAAAAAAAAAAAAAAAAAAAGAUCACUCAGCCAAGGGCACUGACCCUAAAGUAAGCGAUAAGGUCUCUGCUCCCUUAUCUUCUC